UAUCGCUGUAGUUUUGCGUUUCUUGUUUUUCUUUGAAAACAACAAAAUAAUUAUGAACUUUAUUAAUCAAUAUCAAAAAUCGUUUCAACUGUAUACGUGUACACCAUAGACUUUAACCAGCCACAAAUAUACAAUUAAUGGAUAGAAACACUGUGGAUAUGAAUUCCUCAGACGAGGCAACACAAAUGGAAAUCAACAUCUGCAACACGGAUUCAAGGUCACAUAUAGUGUUGAAUGAUCUGCAACUCCUUGAGUUACUCUACUCGUACCCAUUCCUAUUUAGCAAAGCUGUGCAUGCCCACGGCGAUAAGGAUUAUGAGGAAUGGGGCUGGCAGGAGGUAGCCAAGAAAUUCAAUUUGAGUUACAAGGGACUGGAGCUCAACACGCCGUUUACCGUUGAGGAGCUGCAGUGGCGUUGGGAAGUUCUGCGGCCAGUUUGUCCAUCGCUCGGCAAAGCAUGCGGCCAAAUACCCGAUGUACUUUGGUAUAUUAUUUGCAAGAUAAAUCGAUUGUUGAAUGUCAAAACGCCCGCGCAUAUUCAACGAACAUCUGCACCACAAAAAUUAAUAUUAAAUCAAUUACCAAUGAUAGAAAAGCUAACGGAGACGCAGCAAAGGCGCUUAGAGGUCGAGGUAUUAGACGCCAUACUCACUCAUGAGCGGAAUAUUCAUUUAGAUCCGCUGAGUAAAAAGGCGGAGAACAUCGUGCAGACUCAGUACGAUAAUUUUUUAAGAGCGAUUCGCGUCAAGGAGCUGCCUUCGAGUGAUAUAUCUGAAAUGGUCUUGGUAAGCCUCACAAACAACUCGAACACGACAAAUACACUCGUAAGCACUGAAAGCAAUCUUGAAGUCAAGGAGCUACCCUCAGAUAUUAGCUCGGAAACGUCCUCUGUUCGCACGAAUGACAACUCGAAUUCCACUAAUAUUGUAAAUAGCAGCGAGUGCAAUCUUGUCAUUAGUAGCGUAUGUCGCCUGCUGAAAUCACAGGAUGAAGGGCCAAUCAAUCAGCCUGCUACACCGCCACUGGAGAUCCAACCAGCAGCAGAAAAUCAGCAGGAAGGGAAGCAAGAACCUACACCAGGAUCAGGAACGGAAGCCAAUCUCACCAAUGAAUUAGAAUUGCGAUUCGUGCCACUGAAAAGCGCCAAAUAUUACACGAAAAGGGUUGUAGUGAGACUGAAACGUCUCAAUCUCGACAAAUACAUGCCCCGAUCCAGAGGCAAGCUCAGCUAAAGUACUUUCUGAAGAUAUUGAUAUGACAAGGAAUUAAGUUAGUCUUAUUUCAAAUGCACAAAACGUUUAUUUAUAAAAGAUAUUACUAUAAAUUACAACUUAGAGCUAUUGCUUAAA